ACAAGUGAGCUUCGCGUUCCCAUCUCCCGAGUUGUUUUCUGUCGAACGCUCUCGAUGGACGGCAGUGAAAGCGCCGGGGCGCGCGCUAGCACCUCCACGAGACUUGACAAGAUCUGCACUUUCUGCGACAAGGCUUUUUCAACUGCAAGCAAUUUAAAAAGGCAUAUAAAAAAUGUCCAUAGAGAAGAGGCCUUGGCAACAGCAAAAACAAAGGAGUGCGGUGAAGGAAGGACUAUCGCGUGCGACUUGUGUCCAAAGUUUUUUUUGAAGCUUCUAGAUCUUCGGCAGCACCAUGUUCACGAACAUGGAUUUAAAGAAGAAGUACAAAACUUCACGUUUGACUCGUAUAAAGGUCUGCAGUCAUGGAGACUGGUGGACUGCUGCAAUCAACGACACCAGCUAUUGCAACUAGAUCCUGGCUGUUGUGUUGUGAAGGACCGGACAUGGCAGAGCGGCUCGGCAUUCCCGUUCUCACAUGGAAUCAGCCGAAUUUUAUAUGUAUAAAUGCCUCGUACUGUUCACUCUGGACCAAAUAAAUGUUUUUU